AUGUCGACCACGUCCAAAAGAACCAUCUCUUCAUUUGAAACUUCUUAUGUUUCUUUGGAUCUUCUUUCCUACUUGAAAUCUGGGCAAGUUACUUGUUUUCGAACAUUCAACGAGGUUGUCAUUCCAGAUUUUCUUCGCCACUUAUCCAAAGCAGAACACACCAUCUCUCUCCGAACUAUAAAAGAAGAAGACACCAACCAAAACGGCGUCGUCCCACACGUCGAGAGGAAGACUAUAAACCACGACGAUCAAACUUCACCAUCAUCUUCUUCUUGUAAUCAUGAAGAAAAUGAUCUCCUUGCAAUGUUUGAAGAAAUCAAAACCGACGCCGUUCACAUCCAAAAGAUCUGUGCAAGGCUGGAGCACUGGGAGACUGAGCUCAACGGCGCCAUGAAAGACCUCAUUCUCCAGAGUUUGGACGACGCUUUUAAAGAAAGGACGGGUGAAGUAAAGACCGAUUUUCUCCAGGAUAAGCUUAGUAGGACUCGAGAAACAGUUUCCAAGUUAAAGGAUCAGAUCUAUUCAACUUUGAAAGACGAUUUGAAAAACUCCAACUUGAGUUUCCGAAAGCCCACUCCUACAUCCAGUAAGGUUACACGGCCGGUUAAUUUACCGACGGUUGAUAUCAGUAAAGAAAUUGCGGUGAGGUCGACAUUUGAAGAAAUCAAAGCCGUCUUCGAAAGCUUGGAUCCGAUUAAGAAAGUUUGCUUGCUCUGUUUCUCUGUAUUUCCAGAAAAUGCGGUGAUAAAGAAGAAGGUUCUGGUUCAUUGGUGGGUCGGAGAAGAGUUCAUAGACUCGUCGCAGUGCGGAGAUGACAAAUCUGUUGAGAAAAUCGCGAGUGGCUUCUUCAAAGAGUUCAUUGCCAAAGGCCUAAUCGAGCCCGUUUACAAAAAACGUAGGCCCAGCGCCGAUAGCUGCAAAAUGGAACCGUCCGUACGAUUUGCCGUGAUUAUGAUCGCGGAAAGAGCUGGAUUCAUCAAGUUCGACGCUGAUAAAAACCCAAUGGCGAAUUUCUCCGGCUCUCACAGAGCUUGCUUAGUAAAAUCCGAAGACGGCUCUUGUGUUCAGGAGCUGACGUACGGAUUUCGUUCUAAGCAAGAGAGCGUACGGACAGUGUUCAAUGUGAGUGAGCAUCGUCUUGAGUUUAAACCAGCUUGGUUUUCGAAGAUGAAGUACGUUCGGGUUCUUCAGCUGGGGAGGUGGGAGAGCUCAGCCAAGCAUUUGAUUGAGGUUGAGGACAGUGAAUUCUUAAAAGAGUUAAAAAAGAUGAAACAUCUUAGGUACCUUUGUCUCAGAGGAGUCUCUAAGAUUACAGAGCUUCCCAAUUCGAUCUCCAAACUCGAGAAUUUGAGGAUAUUGAAUCUUAACGGUUGUCACGAUUUUCAGAAACUCCCUGAAGGAAUAGGCUCGCUUAAGAAGCUGACUCACCUAGACAUGUACGAGUGUUACUUGAUUAGCCAUAUGCCAAAGGGACUAGCUUCCCUAUCCGAACUCAGAGUCCUGAAAGGCUUUGUUAUUGGUAUGCAAAGAUCUGGUGAUCAGUACUGUAAGCUGGAGGAUUUGACCAAGUUGGAACAUUUGGAGAAGUUGAGUAUCCAUGUGGAUAAAAAUUCAGACACGGUCAAGAGAGAGCUCAACUCUUUGAAAAACUUUGAAAAGCUCAAGUCUUUAUCAAUAUCAUGGUCAAGAAUCUACAAUGCGCCAAUCCCUUCAACUUCAAGGGGUUUGCUUAGAAGGCUUAGCACUCACAAGAAUACGCAAGGCAGCUUGAGAAAAUCAUCCCCUGCUGAAGCUUCGACUAUCCCCACAAAAGUGGGGAAGUUGGAUCUCCAUUACUUCCCCGAUUCUAAGAUAUCCGAGUGGUUUUCACUUGGGGAACAGAAGGACUUGAGGAAACUUUAUAUCAGGGGAGGAGAAGUUUCUAAUCUGAAUGACCCAAAAUUUUGCUGCGACACUGUUAGAUAUUUGCGCCUCAAAUUUUUGUCUAAACUGGAGAUGGAUUGGCGAGAAAUGAAACAAGUGUUUCCGAAUUUGACUUACGUGGAGAAAAGCGAGUGUCCUCAACUCAGUUUGUUCCCUUGCGAUGAGAAUGGAAUCUGGAAAAAUGAAUCAGCUCAAGUACGUAAUUAAUCAUUAUCAAUUCAUUUUUUCAAGUUUUGGUCUAAGUCUCUGUUUGUCGUAAUGUAUUCGUGAUUUAUGUGUUCAAAAUUUUCUUUUAUGGUGUAACUUUAAUUAUCCAUGUAAUGUUUUAGAAUCAGCGUUGUAACUUUAAUUUAUGCAUCUAAUCCGCCCUAUACUUGUUAUAGCCAUAAUACCAUUAACC